AUGUCGCAACCGGAGGUUGAUCUAGACCAGCUUUCCGAUAGCGAGAAGUCUGCGCUAGAAAUGUACAUGGCUGUCACCAGCCAGGAGCCAUCAGAAGCAAUUCCGCUGUUACGUCGCUCACAAUGGAAUGUGCAGAUUGCCAUAGCCAAGUUCUUCGAUGGUGAAGGCCCAGAUCCCCUUGAAGAAGCUCGCGCUGCAAUGGACCGACCACCUCCACCCCAACCCAACCGCCGAACCCAGAAUUUAAUGACCGACGACUUGACCGAGCACUUGUCGCAAGUUACUCGUGCCGCGGCUACAGAUCUGGCUCCGCGAGUUGACACCCAACCAGGAGAACAGACUAUCUAUCGGCCUCCAUUCAUUCUUAGUCUACUUCUAACUCCAUUUAACCUGGUCUAUCGACUCCUCUGCAGUUCGUUCCGCCUCUUUGGCGUCCUCUUCCCUUUCUUGCCACGCUUGUUCAACAGAACGGCGAACCCUGCGCUGCAAGGCGCCCGCCGAAAUACUACUGGUCGUCGAUCCCUUGGCCCCAAGGACACUGCCGCCCGUUUUAUCCGCGAGUUUGAGGAAGAGUAUGAAUCUCACCCAAUUCCGUUCUUGGAGAACGGAUACAACAUGGCGCUGGAGAAAGCUCAUCGCGACUUGAAGUACCUCUUGGUUAUUCUCUUAUCCCCAGAGCACGACGAUACGAACAGCUGGGUUCGUGAUACAUUGCUAGCACCUGAAGUCGUGGAAUUCAUCAACGACCCACAAAAUAACCUCCUAGUGUGGGGCGGCAAUGUGCGAGAUUCCGAAGCAUACCAAGUUGCCAACUCAUUGAAAUGCACCAAGUUCCCUUUCGCAGCCGUCAUCAUUCAUACCCCCAAUGUUUCAUCCACCGCCAUGUCUGUUGUAGGACGGAUUCCAGGCCUCACUACACCAUCUGAGGUUGUGAACAAGCUCCGAACAGUGGUGACAUCUAACAGCGAGCCGCUGGAGCGACUUCGAUCUUCACGUGCGGAGCAACAAGCCUCGCGCAGCCUCCGCGAAGAACAAGACUCGGCCUACGAACGGUCACUGGCGAUCGACCGUGAACGGGCGCGCCAGCGCCGGGAAGCGGAGAUGGAACGUCAACGGGAAGAACAGGAAGCCGCGGCCCGACAGGCGGCAGAGGAGCAGCGACGCCGCAAUCUGGCCCAGUGGAAGGUUUGGCGCGGGCAAUCUAUUAGCGCGGAGCCCGGGCCAGAUGUCAAAGACGCCGUUCGUAUUAGCGUGCGGCUCCCAUCCGGCGAGCGUGUCAUGCGCAAGUUUUCACCCGAUGCAGAUAUUGAAGAGAUCUACGCUGUGGUGGAGUGUCACGAGGUCUUACGUGAGCGGCUUAGCGAACAGCCGGUGGCGAGUGAGCCAGAGGGGUUCGUGCACCAAUACGGAUUUCGACUGGUCUCCCCAAUGCCUCGGGUGGUGUAUGCCGUUGAUGAGGGAGGAUCAAUCAGAGAGAAGAUUGGCCGUGGUGGCAAUCUCUUGGUGGAAAUGAUCGAAGAUGAAGAUGAUACAGAUGAUGACGAGGCUGUGACCGACAUGCCUUGA